GGCCCACAAAGAAAUUAGGUCCAUCCUGCACGAGACGUCGAGCCCUAUCCAAAAACUUCCUCCCCAAUGCCGCCGCCGUCGCCGCCAUCCCCGCCCCCGCGACUCCUCGCCGGCGGCGACCACCUCCCGGCCCCGACCUCCGCCACCUCCCCGGAGCACCCCUUCCUCUCCGCGCACCUCCUCCUCCCCUCCCCGUCUCCCUCCCCCGCCGACCUCUCCUCGCCGCACCUCCCGCACGCCCUCGCCUUCGCCUUCCUCACCCAACCCUCCCCGCUCCCGCGGCACCUCCUCGUCGCGCUCCACGCCGCCGGCGCCCGCUUCCCCGCCUUCUACCAGGCCUUCGCCUCCGCCCUCCUCUCCCUCCCCUUCCCCCUCCUCCUCCCACACCCGCGCGCGCGCCUCCUCCUCGCCGCCUCCGAGCUCGCCCGCGCGGCGGCGCCGGGGUUCGGGGCCCUCCUCGCCUCCCUCCUCCGCCGCGUGCCGUUCCCAGGCGACGCCCGCCUGCUCGAUCUUUUCGCCGAGCACGCCUCCUCCCUCGCAGACGAAGAGCCGCAGCUUCUCGCCUCCGCCGUCCUCGCCUUCCUCCGCCUCCUCGCCAGGAACCGUCUCGCUCCGGCCCCGAGCAGCGCUGAGUGCAAGGGCUGCGAAGAGUGCAAGGGCGCCAAGAGCCUCGAAGAAUGCAGGGGAAAGCUGGUGUCUUUCUGCGUCGCCAUGCUGCGGGAUCACUUCCAAGUGUGUGCACUGAUAGGAAGGGACCUUGUGAGGUCGCUCCACGAACUGGCCCUCGUGCCGGAGUUCCAGCCGCUGUGGAGAGACUUGAUGCCGGACCGUGUCGGUGAUGUCUGCCGGAUGAGCACGCCCGGUUGGUGCACGGCCUUGGCCAUCACGGGCGAGAUGGAGACGCAGCUCCUGUUCAUGAUGAACAAUGUCAAGUGGGGGGAUCAGAAGAGGUACCAGCUUUGGUUUGAGAGGAAGCACCUGAUGGUACCCGGAGGGGUGGAGAUGAUCCCUGACAUUGUGCGGUUCAUAUGCUGCGGGUACCACCCAACAAAUGAGAUCAUGCAUUCUGGUGUUAUUGCCCGCUGGGCGGUCAUAGGCUGGCUGCUGACGCUUUGCGGCAAAGGCUACGUGCUGGCGAAUGCGAAGCUGGCGCUGUUCUAUGACUGGUUGUUUUUUGAGGAGGGGAGUGGAAAUGUCAUGAAUAUUGAGCCUGCAAUACUCCUGAUGCUGAACUCGGUGUCAGAAUAUACGGAAAUUACCAACAUGCUGCUUGAGUUCUUGUUUCUUCUUAUCGACAACUAUGAUGUAAGGAGGAAGGAUGCAAUUGCUUGCUGUGUGAGAAGUGCAUUUGGGGUACUCGUGAAGAAACGGGUGAUCCUAUCGUUGGAGCCAUUGACUUGUUGUGAGAAGAUAUCACCAUUGCUGAGGCAGAAGCUUGUGGCCUUCUUAAGUAGUUCCAAUCCUGGAGCAGCUGAAGAUUCUUUUGGGAAACCAACUGCUGUAGUUUCUAAAGAAACAGAGUUGAAGAAGAGUGUUUGCUCAAGCUAGAAAUCAAUGGUUCUGUUAUGUCGCAGUCCUUUAUCUCAGAAAUGAGCUCGGCACCAAUUCAGCAGGGCUAGGCAUCAGAAGAGGAAUCACAAUGCUCUCACAAAUGAGAGGAAAGGUGUGAAGAAAUCAUUGGGAGCAGGAAGAAAAGGGAUGUGGAGUAUGCAUUCAUUCAUUCAUUCAUUCAUUCAUCAAGGGCUGGCACUAUAUCUAGCAUGUUGGUUCCUGAUUUACAUCUACAGAGACACAUCGACCUAAGUUUGACACUAUGUUUGCUACAAUGGAAGCCAACCUCAUCCACAUUCAACUCAUAUUUCCACCGUAUUCGGCAUGAAUUGGCUGCCUGCUUGAUCUAUGAAGGAUGACUACAUAUCUCGAAGAUGCAACUUUUUGCUUCUUGUGUCAUGUUUCACAUUAGUCCCAGACGCGAACAACCGGAAUACAGCAGAAAAAUUGUUCUUCGUGCUAAAUUACCGACAUCUGUAAUUGACUGAAGAAGCUGUGAUGAGCUAUUGGAUAGGAGAUGCUUCCAGCUAUGUGUUCAGUUCCAAGGUUUGCCUGUGUAAAAAAAAGCACCAUGCACAGCGUCUUGGUCAUCGUGGAACUUUUGUUUUGUAUUAGUAUUAUUCAUUUUCUUUUUACAAAAUGGUUCUAUACGCAACAGGUGUUUGUAUGGAAAAAAGGUGUUUCUAUGGAUGAACUCAGGAAGCAGUUCAUCCGAUUUAAUUUUAUGUAAUCUGAAAUGCUUUUCAGAUAAAAUUAUGUGCUUGUAAAUAUUCUGUUGCUGUUCAGCUUUUGUGAUUUAAUAGUAAAAUCCCAUUCAUUGUACUUGUUA